UCCCCUCAAAUAGCAGUACUGAAAGUGUUGAAGCAGUGGGGAUGGUGGUGUUGAGAAACCAUCCGGUCAGCUGAUUGCUAAUCUCUCUAUAACAUGGAGGAACCGACACAUCUCUGCUGACACUCGUCUCUGGGCAGCGUCGAGUCAACAGCGACGACAGUAAUCUUGUUUCUUCUGUCGAGAGAAAAUGGAGUUUAUUUAUGAAUAUGAUGGCAACUACACUUAUGAAGAGGGUGUCAUGCCACACGAGGAGUCUGUGUUUCAGCAUAAAUCCAAUUGUACGAGGGAUGCCUUUUGUGUUUCCCUGCUGGUGAUCACCGCAGCCAUUUUCGUGCUGGGCUUCUGCGGUAAUGCGUUGGUCAUCUGGAUCUCUGGCUUCAAGAUGAAGAAGACGGUCAACACCACAUGGUACCUGAGCCUGGCCAUCUCGGACUUUGUCUUCUGCGUCUUUCUUCCCUUCAUCAUCACCAACAUGGCCAUGGAGAAGUGGCUCUUCGGACUCUUCUUGUGCAAGUUUACCUCGGCCGUGUUGUUCCUCAACAUGUUCAGCAGCAUCUUCCUCUUGGUCAUCAUUAGCGUUGACCGCUGCGUGUCUGUCGUCUUUCCCGUCUGGGCCCAGAACCACCGCACGGUCCGAAAGGCAUCGGUUAUUGUUAUCCUGGCCUGGGUUCUCGCCAUCGGGCUCAGCCUUCCUUCCGUGGUCUUCCGUGACGUUCAGCAUCACUUGGGCAGGAGCAUUUGCUACAACAACUACACGUCUCACCAACAUAGUCACGAAAUCAUCGCAAUCAGCCGCUUUGUGGCUGGCUUUGCAGUGCCUUUCAUCAUCAUCAGCAUUUGCUACUCGGUCAUCAUCCUCAAACUUCGUUCCAACCGGAUGACCAAAUCGUCCAAACCCUUCAAAGUCAUGACGGCACUCAUCGCUACCUUCUUCAUCUGCUGGCUGCCCUACCACAUUUUCAUCCUGCUUGAGCUAAACCACCAAAACUACAACCAUUACCUCUUAACUGUCGGACAGCAGAUCGGAACGUGCCUGGCGGCGGCCAACAGUUUCCUCAACCCGGUGCUCUACGUCUUCAUGGGUAAUGACUUCCAGCAAAGGUUCAAGAGUUCCUUGCUGUCAAAGAUGGAGAAUGCCAUGGGAGACGACGGUCGCACCACCAGCCGCUAUCUGUCCCGCUCCAGCUCCGUUGACGGCAAGGUGUCGACACACAUUUAAAAUUUUCCAACGCACCAUUUGUCUGUUUAAAGUCUUUUGCAGGACAACACUCUAUAGGGAAAGAGCUGUGGGCAGUUUGAGCAUCGAUUCCGAGUUUGUGUGCACUACAACAGGCAAUCAGCAAUCCUGACGUUAACCUCACGCUGCAUUUCAUUGCGGGAUGACCUCAGCACAGGCCCCCACUCUUCAAGCGUGUGACAAAUAAAUAAUGGAAAUGCAAAUGACUUGCAUUUCUCCCCAUCCAAACAAUUCACACUGGCGCCAAUGGCAUUCAUGAGCCUCUGAGCACAUACUCUGCAGAGUUGCGCAAGCCUAUGAAAAAUUAAUCAUGACUGAAAAAGUGGAAGAACGAGAAUAUGUCACGUUCAUGUUCCGUUUGAGUCAGUGUCAAAAACAACAGCGGGGGGUGGGAUGUGUUGACGUGCGUGUUAAUCACUAAAGAGAAGAAAAAAGGUCAAGUGAAAAAGUGAGGCACUGAAAAGAACAUGAUGUAAAUACAUGGACUAGAAAUUAAUGUAAUAUAGUUUAUGAUUGAAAACAUGUAUCCAAUUUAACAAUGUACAUCCUUUCUUGUGAAAUAGAACAAAAUGGUGGUCAUUAAGAAAAGAAAAUGCAGAGGGCUUUCCGGAUGGUGGACUAUUUGCGCAAAUUUAUUAUUCGUCCGAAUAUUUGUUAUUUUUAUAUUUUUUCAUCAAUUUUUGAACCAGAGGGUGCAAAUCUACCACCAAAGCAAAAAAAUCAAACACACAAAGAGUGUGCAAUUUGAGAUCAUCUCAGGAUAACAACAUUGAUUUGUUAUUUCCGUGCUGAGGAAAGAAAACUCUACUGAUCCCUCACUGCCCCAAAAUAGAUUUGUAAUUGUGUUUGUGUGACAGUGUUUAUUUACUGUAGUUGAUACAUGUAAUGAAUAAAUGAGCGGAUGUAUUUUAUUUUAUUUUUUUUAAAUCCGAUGCAGUUCUCACAUGAAAGCUUUUUCUAAUGACACUGGGAAAUGAACAUCUUCAUUCACUCCACUGCCCUGCACGCUAUAAUUGCUUUUGGACAGGAGAUUAUUAGAUGAUGAAUAGAUAUCUUUGAACAAUAACGUUCAUCAAUCAUGUUACAGUUCAAAUAUAACACGUCCAGCUGUUCUCGCCAGUCAGCAAGCAGCUUGUUGAAUGGCCCACCGCUUUUUGUCAUUUUAACGAAUGAGACUUUAACAAUAUUCUCCUUACAUGUGUGAAUGAAUGUUUUUUUUUUUGUAUUCAGUUUUCAUUGAUGAAAAUAAAGAUUGCGAUAGUGCAAUUACCUCUUGGGUGCUCUUAUCUGCAAAAUGUGAUUCCAUCAACACAAUGACGUAUGUAGAUUCAAUCAUUAAUCUUAUCAUUAGUUAUUCACUGAUGACAUUAAGGAAAUGUAUAAUUUAUUAUUUCAGCUCAAGUACACUGUCACCUCAGCUCAUACUGUUGUUGAAUUAAAAACUACUGUGAUUGAAAUCAUGA